AUGACCGAACAGAGGCGCGUGAUCGCGCGCGUCCUCUCGGAUGCGUCGGAUCAUCCCGACGUCGAGGGACUCUACCGGCGCGCGACCGAGAUCGACCCCCGCAUCAGCCUGGCGACGGUCUAUCGCACGGUCCGCCUCUUCGAGGAGUGCGGCCUGCUGGAACGCCAUGACUUCCGCGACGGGCGGUCGCGCUACGAAGAACACCCCGACGAGCACCACGACCAUCUGAUCGACCUGACGUCGGGCAAGGUGGUGGAAUUCCAGAACGAGGAGAUCGAGGCGCUUCAGGCCGCCGUCGCCAAGGCGCUCGGCUACAAGCUCGUGGAUCACCGGUUGGAGCUCUACGCUGUCCCGCUGGAAACACCCGAGGAUUGA